CCACGUUUAUACUAACUGACCGUAUUUUUGCAGCCCCGUCACUUUCGAGCUCGCCAAAAGUCGUCGGAGGUUCGACGUACAUCGGUUGGAGGUUCAAAUAUUGUCACAGCCGGACAUGAUCACGAUAGCAAUCAAUUGCCACCACCUAUUGGACAGUACAAUGAUUUUGUUUUCACAAGUGAAUCGGAAAUAGAGACUUGUACAGCCAAUGCUGCACACUGGAAGCACGGUGCUAAGCGGCAUCACCACCACAUUGAGGUGAAGACUGAACGCAGCUAUGAUACCUCUUCGCCCGGUAUCUCUCCCAACGCAACCAACGAUCGCAUCAAAAGGCGAAAGAGCGAUGACGGCCUGAGCUUGUGCAGCAGUAUGCAGGAUAGUGUUGAUGCGAGUGCAUCCAUGGAUUGUCACGUGAGCGCUGGCGGCAAUGGUGGUAUUAGUGGCAACAAUGGCACGCAAAUAUCGCGCAAAAAAAAUUCGAUACGCUCCCAGUUGGCUCAACAAAUGCUUAACUCAUCAACGCGAGUACUUAAGAAGCCCCAGUAUGUGGUGCGACCGGCUGGUCACUUGACGUCCGCAGGUAGCAGUUUAAGCGGUAGUCACAUGGGUGCUGCCAAUUUAGCGCUCGAUCCUACAUUGCUUAAGAUCAUAUUUCGCUAUUUGCCCCAAGAGACCCUAGUCACCUGCUGUUCAGUCUGCAAAGUAUGGUCAAAUGUGGCCGUGGAUCCUGAUCUCUGGAAGACAAUGAAUUGUGCCGAGCACAAGUUGUCUGCCUCACUGCUAACGGCGAUUGUGCGACGUCAACCGGAACACUUAAUACUUGAUUGGACACAAAUUGCCAAGCGGCAACUAGCGUGGGUGAUUGCACGUCUACCAGCACUCAAGCAUCUCUCGUUGCAGAAUUGUCCCAUUCAGGCGGUGUUAGCUCUGCACACUUGCCUCUGCCCGCCACUACAAAUACUGGAUCUGAGUUUUGUGCGCGGUCUUAACGAUGCCGCAAUUCGUGAUAUACUGUCUCCGCCGAAGGAUUCGCGACCAGGGUUAGCUGAUUCGAAGACACGUCUACGAGAUCUCAAACGACUCAAAUUGGCCGGAACGGACAUAACUGACGUGGCGCUGCGCUAUAUAACACAAGCACUGCCGAAUCUUGUGCAUUUGGAUCUUUCGUCAUGCCAACGUAUAACGGAUGCUGGAGUGGCACAAAUAGGCACAUCACCAACGGCCAUCGCAAAAUUGGUGGAAUUGAAUUUGAGUGCAUGUCGACUGGUUUCCGAGUUUUCAUUGGAACAUUUAGCUAAAUGCGAGCAAUUGAUUUGGUUGGAUUUGCGGCACGUACCGUUGGUGCCAACGCAGGCAGUGAUAAAAUUUGCAGCCGAGUCAAAACAUGAUCUCUGUGUAAAGGACGUUAAGCUGGUGGAAAAGCGGCGACCACAGAAGACGCCGCAGCCAACAACGUCAUCCAGUUUAGGUGGAAUGGGUUCAGUAAGCAGUUGGAAUGACUGAAGGAAUGAAUAUGAAAA